CAAAUCACGUUACCCUCACGUGGAGAAACCUAACCGACUCUGACUCCUCAAAUCCUUGCCUUUCGUCUUCUCUUCUCUUCAAAGCUUCCCCCAUAUUUCUCUGCUUUCCCGAGAAAAUCCAGAGAGAAAAGAAAAGACGCCAUUGUUGAUUUUUCUCAAAGAUUCAGCAGUAAACUUCGCCGGUUCCGAAUCUAUAGCAGAGAUGGAGUCAUCAAAGGUUCAAGAAGUCGAAGAAACAUACCAGAAAGUUGAUCCAGAAUCAGAGGAACCUAACGCCGCUCGUGUUCUAGCUCUUGAUAUGAUACUCAAGUCUCUGUUGAAAAUCAGCGCCUUCUUAAGCGAUUUUCUAUUGGAGUUUUGUCAAGAAACAACACAUCACAGCUUCACUGAAGAUGGUGAAUACGCCGUUCCCCCUUCGACCCAGCUUCGUGAUUUUCUUCUCAACAAUCUAAACGUCACUCAUCCUCUGGAAGCAAACGGUGUAUUCGACUUCCUAGUAACUAUCUUGGAUCUUCUACCUCUCUGGAGAAGUGUAGAAGAAGAACCUCUGAGUUCCAAGUUUGAAGUAUACCACCAAGUGGCGAAAAAGAUUUGUAACAGGUGCAAGUUGGUUACGGAGUAUCCGUCUGCCUUCAAGGAUUUCGCAUUCGAGAACAUCCUUAAGGUUAUCAGAAUCGCCUUGAUGAUGAUGCCUUGUGACAAGGAAGGAUGUGGGAAACAAACCUAUGUUGAGCGUGUGAUCAGUAAACUUCCACCUGUUUUCACAAUUGCUGUGGAGUGGGAGAAGAAUGAGACUGACGAAGAUAUAUUUGCCACCAAUUCUGUUCUGUCUACUGAAAUUGAUAUUAGUGAGAUAUUCAAAUACGAAGGUGACAGUUUAUUCACUAAAUACCGUCUUGUGUCCAUGGUUUGCUGGCAUGGAGAUCAGUACAGUUGCAUAGCUUAUGAAAACAGAAGCUGGGUCAUACAUUUUGGUAUUCAGAAUGAGGUUAUUGGAGAUUGGAAUAGGGUUCUCAGUAUUUUUGCAGAACUGAAGAUUCGACCAGAGAUUCUGUUUUUCGAAAACGUAAGCCUCCUAAGACUGCAAACUUGCUUUAUGUUUUUGUGGAGUGUUCUCAGUUCUAUCAACUUGAAUGGCAGGUGAUGGGGAGAGACCAGAUCGUGUCCGGGAACUAGGAAUCAAUUUCUGAAGACCAAUAACAGCUUUUUUUUUUUUUUUGAAUGGUGUAGA